UACAGGAAGAUAGGAAUCGGACAGAGUGACUUAUCCGAAGAACAGUCUGAUCUCUGUGAUGCGCUUGCUGGUGAUGGACUAGACAGAAAGAGGCACUGCAGCAACACAAGGCCAGCCUCGACUGGGCCAUGCAGUCCCAGCUUGCCGAAAGGGUGCGGAUCCAAGUGGAAGAGGAUUUUUUCUCUGUGGACAAGACGCUCCUGGUGGAGCACUGUGAGUACUUCCGGGCCCUCUUCCAGUCUGGCAUGAGAGAGAGCACACAGAAAGAGAUCCAGCUCAGAGACCUGAGUGCCAUGGGCUUUGCCAUCAUGCUGAAGGUCCUGAAGGGAGAGUACCCUACUCUCAGCUGUGAGGAGAACCUCAAGGCGGUGGAGUGUGCCGCCUUCCUGCAGGUGGAAACCAUGGCCAAGUAUCUGAUUGCAUCCAUCAAUUCCGACAACUGCAUCCUCCUCUACCAAGCUGCCGCCAUGUUUGGCCUUCUGGACCUGUUCCACAGCGCUGCACUGUACAUAAGAGAUAGUUAUUUGGACCUAGAGGAGUAUCUGGACUGCCUCUCUCCAGACCUUCUGGAUUACAUUGAGUCCCUCAUCCCCAGCUCAUUUGUGGCCGUGGGAGCUCACACACCCACAUUUGAAUUCUUGGAGGAUCUCUCGCGAACUAUUUGCUACCUAGACGAGGAAUGCAACACCUGGAGGACCCUUUCCUGCUUACCGUUGACAGCCAGCACAUUCCUGGCGGGCAUGGCUACACUUGAUAACAAGAUCUACAUUGUGGGUGGGGUCUACGGUUAUAACAAGGAGGUUGUGGACCGGAGUUUUUGCUACGACCCGGCAGCCAACAGCUGGACUGAGUUCCCUGGUCCUCAGCACCUUCGCUAUGACUUCACACUGACAGCCCAAGAUGAUAGCCUUUAUGCCAUAGGUGGGGAGUUUGAGAAGGCCCCGCUGAAGUCAGUGGAGAAGUUUAAUGUGUCCACCAACACCUGGAGCUUCGUUUCUGACCUGCCCCAGCCAACCACGGCGGUGCCCUGCGCCCAAGCAAUGGGACGCAUCUUUGUUUGCCUGUGGAAGCCUCUGGACACCACCAUGAUCUAUGAGUACAAGUUUCAGAAGGACGAAUGGCUUCCCAUCUCGACCCUCAACAGGCCUCAGAGCUACGGCCAUUGCAUGGUGGCUCAUAGAGACAAUCUCUACAUCAUACGGAACGGGCCUUUUGAUGACUUCUUGCGAUGCGUGAUGGACUGCUUCAACCUGACCACGAUGCAAUGGACAUCUUUACCUGGGCAAUUCGUGAACAGCAAAGGGUCCCUCUUCACGGCCAUCAUCAAGGGCGACACAGUUUACACGGUCAACAAGGUGCUAACCCUGCUGUAUACCAUCAAGGAGAACAUGUGGAAAUUCAAAAAGGAGAGGGCUGGUUUCCCCAGGAGUGGUUCUUUACAAACCUUCCUCCUCAGGCUUCCAAGAACAGAUCACAGCAUUGCAACGUAGAGGGCCAGUCUCUGCUAGAUGGAUUUCUCAGGGACCAAUGUCUCAAUAACCACCCUGUCUCUCCUCACUGCUAUGCCAGACCUCCUCCGAUAUUGCCAAAUUUACAUCCAAGGGUGGUGAUAUCUUACUCUGACUCAUGCUCUCUGUGUCUUCUGGGGCAGCAAAAUCUCAAGGCAGGGAUCCCAGGGAUAGCAUCUGAGGGUGCAGCAGAAGCAACAACAGCAUGGUUCUCUGUUCCUACUACUGGGCUUGUGGUUUUGUGGGCCUUGAGCAAUACGGUUUCCACAAACCUAUUGGUCAUACUCAGCAGGUUCCCCAGGCAGGCCAACCCAUUCAAGGGGGAGCAACUGGCGAGCAGGUGGAGCCAUUCACUGGCAGGAAGCCCAGUGAUGUCCAGGAGAAGACUUGUGCACUCAAGAGGAAGAGCCUACUGUAGGGCCUUGGAGGUACAGAGCUUCAGCUUGGAGGUUCAGGGCUCAGUCCAUUGGCCAUGUUCCCUUUGGUCCAUUCCUGGGUGAGUGGAGGAAUCGACCAGUGCAUUGCCUGCCUUGAUGAGUCUCAUGAGAAGUUUCCUUAUACUGAAGUCAGAUCACUGGCCCACGUAGCUUGGAAAAGUUACUUUUUUGAACUACAACUCCCAUCAGCCCCAGCCAGCAUGGCCAUUGCAUUGGGCUGAUGGGAAUUGUAGUUCAAAAAGUAACUUUUCCAAGCUCUGGGCUGGCAACAGCUCUCUAAGGUUGCAGUUCUUUCCCAGCCCUAUCUGGACAUGCCAGGGAUUCAACCCAGGACCUUCUGCUCUGCUCUGCCCCUGAGCUGCAGACCUUUCCCUAAAACAACAACAAGAAAAACCCAAGAUUCCAGACCUCAUGGUUCCAAACUGAAGGCUGAUUUAAAUAGGAAUAAAGGAAGCUGCCAUGUGCAGAGUCCAUCUAGCUCACUAGCAUGAGCUUUCCGGGUCACAAGGUUCUUCCCAGUCCCACCUGGAGGUACUGGGGGUUGAACCCAGGACCGUCCGCAUGCAAAGCAGGUGCUCCGCCACUGAGCUACGGCCCGUCCCUUUCUCCUCUGCUAAAGGUUAAAAAGGAGUAAGCACUAAAUCUCUGCACUAAAAGCGGCUGACACGAACACACGCCCUGCUUUUAGAGCAGGGAGUUUCCCAACUGGAACAUUGGAAAUGUAGAAAUUCAAGGUUAGUAACUGGACAACAUGUUGAGAUUUUAUUGUUAUUUUUAAAUGACACCAAUCCAGCGAAAGAAACAUGCUUAAGUCCUGUUGAACUGAAUAAGACUUAAGACUGGGCCCCAUCAACUUUCAAGUGUGCAAUAAACAAACUUUUUUUUCUGCUUGGCUUUAAAUAUGAUAUUGAAGGCGUUGAUCCUGAUUUUUGUUUUGUUUUUUUAAAAGAGCUCAGGCUUUACAUUGGUUUAUUUUUUAAACUGGAUUGAUGUUUUUAUUUUGUUUACUGUCUCAGGGGACUUGUUUGGGCCAAAAGGUGGUUUAUAUAUAUGUGUACAAAUAAAUACAAAACUCAAUAAACUCAUAGUGUAGUAUUUAAGUUCCGUUGCUUCAAUGAAAACAUUUGCCUGUGCAGAAUGUUGCACUUUCUUCCCAGGAUUGUUAGUAAUGACUGUAUCCUGCAAUGAAGUGAAUAAGUGUUUGUGUUUGUAACGUUUUAUAUUCCCCGCAAUUCAAGUUGAGACAAGCUAUAAAUAGAUCCUUGCUAGGGAAUUAAUGGCUUCGUAACAAAACACAGACUGACUCAGAUUCAGAGUUGAAUUUGCAGGGCUGAGCAUAUGCUUUUUCAUUUUGCAUUAAACAAUUUUGAACUUAA